GAAACGCCGACUUCUCCAUUCCAAACCCCCCUCUUCUCUCUCUCAUCUUUAGCAGGAGCGAAUGUUUGAUCGAUCGGAAGCUGGAAGACGAGUCACAUUUAUUUCUCACUUUUUCGGCUUCCCCUGAUUGUUUCUGGACUGGCCUCCCUCCCUCAGAGCCUGCUGUUGACCGUGAGGGAUUUUGCUUCCAGACGCUAGUUUUCAUCGACUGCACAAACUUGAUAGGCAGGCAAGCUAGCUAGCUAGCCACCUAGCUAACUUGCUAACUAGCUUGCAGUGUUGUUAAGGGGGACCUCAUUUUCCUUUCUUUUUCCCCCCUUCCCCUUGUCAGUGUUGGAGUGUUUUUGUCAUUGCGCUGUAACUGGCUGUGGGUGCGUCCCCUGACACCUGAAGACUGUUUGCGGGUGAAGUUUGAGCCGGUUGUUCGCAGCUAGCGUGCUCGAUACAGCUUGCUAGCUCGCUAGCUAACACCCUGCGCAUUUAGCCUGGAAGCCAGUUCGAGGCCUCAGUCCAGCACCACCUCCAGCAGCAGCUACCAUAGUGUUUGCAGAGCCGUAUAGUGAGAGUUGACAGCUUACUUGGUGACACAGAGACUUCUCCCUGAGGAGCCAAGAAGCAGACGGCUCAUGACUUCUGACCAGGACACGAAAGUUGUAGCUGAACCACAGGUGCAGCAAGUACAAGAGGCAAAAGAGAACUCUCAUUUGGAAUCUGCCAAGGUUUCGGACCUCAACCCCAAUGCGAAAGCAUGGGCCAACCACAUGUUUAGCCUGGACCCCAGCGGGACUGCCGACACCACAACUGCUGCCCUGCAGCCAUGGAAGGAAGGCUGCGAUAGUUCGGCCGAUCCCGGCCCAGAAGGCUAUGAAGCCAGUGAAGACAAGGCUUACAAGGAGCCCCUUCUAACCGACCCAGAUGAGCCUCCACCGGUACCAGUAAUGCUGGCUGAGCCAGCCCCCGUCACUCUGGAGUGCUCCGAGUCAGCCUACACAGAAUACCCCAAGCCUGGGCAGCCAGGGCACACAGGCAGUGAUCCCCAGCCUGACAACCCCCAGGAGGGCUUGAGGGAGCACCUGAAGAAGACCCUGGAGUUCUGUCUUUCCCGGGAGAAUCUGGCCAGUGACAUGUACCUCAUCUCCCAAAUGGACAGUGACCAAUAUGUGCCAAUUGUGACGGUGGCCAACCUGGACCACAUCAAAAAGCUCAGCACGGACGUGGAGCUGAUUGUGGACAUCUUACGAUCUUUGCCAUUGGUCCAGGUGGAUGAGAAGGGGGAAAAGGUGCGACCCAAUCAGAACCGCUGCAUCGUGAUCCUCAGAGAGGUUCCAGAGAGCACGCCUAUAGAGGAGGUCGAGGCUCUUUUUAAGGGGGACAACUUACCCAAGUUUAUCAACUGUGAAUUUGCCUACAAUGACAACUGGUUCAUCACUUUUGAAUCAGAAGCAGAUGCACAGCAGGCAUAUCAAUAUCUCCGUGAGGAAGUGAAGACCUUCCAAGGGAAGCCAAUAAAGGCGAGGAUAAAGGCGAAGGCAAUCGCUAUCAACACUUUCAUACCAAAGAACGGUUACCGGCCGGUGGAGGUGAACCCAUACGCUCAGCAGCGCUACACAUCCUACUACAUCCCUCCGGUUUACAGCCCCCAGCAGCAAUUCCCCUUAUACAGCCUCAUCACGCCGCAGGCCUGGUCGGCCACACACAGCUUCAUCGACCCCGCGCUGGUUACUCCAUUUCACAACAACCAGUUCAUCAACGGAUUUACAUCACACAGUUUCAAACCAGCGACGUCGCCCCUCACUGUCAGACACUACUCGCCCAGGAACAGGAAUCACAGCAAACCUCACCUGAGGCCGACCAUCCCCACAGCGGAUCGCAGCACUGGGCUACUGGACAGCCCGAGCCUCUUUGCCAGCUUUCCCAGCGAGAGGCUCAAUGGGGCUCGCAGCAGCCCGCCAACGCGACUCCCCACCAGCCAACCCAGAACCAGGUUACCCUCCACUGCAGCCUUCCCUCGCAGGGACACUGUGGGCACGGGGCGAGUAACGGAGCCCGCAACCACAGACUACUCGCUGGGGAUCGGCCGAGGAAGGAAAAAUGUUUCUGCUUCUAGGAAAAAGAGGGACGAAAAGUUUACAAGAGUGACGCCUCAGUCGCCACCUCCGCCCCCAAAACCUCCAUCUCCAAGCUUUGAGCUCGGUCUCUCCAGCUUCCCUCCUCUGCCCGGAGCAGCCGGCCAGCUCAAAACUGACGACGUCUUUGACAACCGACUGGCCAGCAGCGUAGUCGUCGGAAACUCCAAGGAACGGAAUGUAAGUGCUGAAUCCAGUAGUGGAGGCACUCUCUCCCCAGCGGGUCCCAAAGAGCCUCUCCGGUCCUCAACAUCCCCGAUGGCCACAACCUUCCAGCCCUCGCCGACCACCCCGACCACGACCCCCGCCUCGACGCUGACCCCUUCCCCUGGCACGCCGCACAGUCCCGCUCCCUCCCUCCCAGUAACGGAGGUGAAGGUGACAGAGGUGAAGCCAAAGGAGGUGCAGCUGUCUGUGGAGCGAGUUCCUGGGACUCUGUCCACUGCAAGCAAAUCGGUGCAAGUCAACGGUGCUGCCACAGAGCAGAGGAAGCCCUCCUACGCCGAGAUCUGCCAGCGGGUGAAGGAUGCCCCGACGUUACAGCAACCAACCACUCCUAAGGAAGCUAAGCCAGCCUGCGCUGCCACAGCAGGCGAGGAGAGGAAGUGCCCCGACACCUCCACGCCUUCAGGGGAGGCCAAGGCCAGAGAGACUUACCACCCCUCCUCCAAACCCAGUUCAACGGGUGCCACCACAGGCAGACCCCCGAAGGAGGUCCGAAGGCCGGGUGGGCGGUGGGCCUCUCCGCCCCCACACCCAGGGAAAACCCCCAACAAAGAUUCCCACCACACCCCACCCAAGUCCCCGCAGUAGGGUGACCUCCUUUCCCUCCCCGUCCUCCAACCCCACUACUAUGCUCCACAGAUGCGUUUAAAAAAUAAAGGAAAUACAAGUCAGGGCUACUUGAUACUUAUAUCCCAGAAUCACCCGUCACAAACAAGCAUAGAGGACGCCUUCUUUUCUGGAUCAGGGCUUGCAGACAAAAAGCACUUUACUGUGCAUGUAGAGCACCGUUUCUUUUUCUUUAUAUUCUAUUUAUUGUUUUUGGUUUUUCACUUUUAUUUCUCCUUUUCUCUUUUUGCAUUACGUAGUGGUGUCAGCCUGUCAGGUGGCACAGACAACACUGAAAUUUGUUCAUUCUGUCCAAAUGGCCUUGUGGGAUUAAAUUAGCCGUGUGUGUGUGUGUGUGUGCGCGCGCAUGUGUGGGAAGCAGCAGGGCAUUGUUGGAAGCCACCCCAAAGGAUGAUGGGAAAGGGUGCAUAAAACAGACUCCAUCUUGUUUGGCUCUCAUAAUGAGGGGUUUGUUUGCAUGUUGAGUGGCAGCAUUGUGCAACUUUAAGUGGCUUAAUUAUGGGUCAUUAUUAGUCUUUUUGUUUUUAAAUACAUAUUCACAUCCAUAUGCAACUCAACAUCACAAGAAGACUUGGAUCCUUUGGUUUACAUAGAAUUCUUUGCAGGUUUGUUUACACUAGGUGGCUUUUAUGUCUUUUUGGGGUUUUUUGCAAACCGUAGUUGGCUGUUGGUACAGUAAUUGGUCAUCCUCCCCUCGGCGUCUUCUUCCUCUGAUCCAGUUCUUCUUAAAGGAUCACCCCUCCUGCUGUUAUUCCCUCUCUGUUUUGCUAACAUGCUAACUCACAUAGUGUGCAUUUGUGGCUUAACGUGGGGUCAGCGCUGUUUUGUUUUUUGUUUUGUAGUAUGACACAGGAAGGGCACAUGACUUUCUCUAAAACGAGGCAUCUGUUGUAAAAGUGGAAGUAGGUGAGGUGUUGCUCACACUGCAUAUGUGUCUGAAGACAUUUAACUAGUCAGGAAGCUAAAUUCUCUCCCCGCUUUGCAUUUCCUGUCAAACUGUUGAUCAUUGUUGUGGAAGGAAGGAAGAUGCAGGGCUGGUUUUAGGCUGACAAACUUAAAAUCGAGCGGUGACGAGGAAGCCGCUUCUUCCCAUCUGAAAGGGUUUUGUUUAUUCUGGAGGCGAGGAAACGCUGGCAAGCAGGAAGGAGGAAAUUAACACUAGCUACCAGCUAUCAGUUCAGUAAACACGUCUGUUUACAGGCGCCAAAUGUAGGGUUUUUUGGUUUUUGUUUAAUUUUCUGGAAAUCUGCUGAGACAGUGACUCAUCAGGAGGCUGAGAUGUGUGUUAGUUUCCUGCCAUAAAGUGGCACAAGUCCAGAGUUCAGUGUGGCGAUUUGAUCCAGUGGGAAGUUUCCUGUUCAAACUGUUCAAACCUCCUUUCAAACGGUGGCAUGUUUGUAGUUCUUUCUCCUACUUAUGGUGCUAGAUAUCCAAACCUGGAACCUGUUACUACAUCUCCUCUGAUACUGUAAGUAGAAAUACUUGAUUUACAUCUGCAGAAGUUUAAUUGCACUGUUGUUGUUUUCUCAGACUCUCGCAAGCAAAUUCAUGCGAUUAAUCCUACCUAAAGUGAAAAAAGGGACUAACUUUGUUUUGUUUUUUGGGGAGGAAGUUGGGGAAUGACACACACAGUUCAGUUUUCCAGGAGAGAAGUUGACGAACACCCUGCUGCAUCAUCUCCAUUGACACAAUCACUGAAGCUUUUUUGUCUUGUCGGUCAUGUUGAAGCAUCUGUGCAGCAUUAAAUUUUUGAAGACUGAUGCUUAACGUUUUUUGUUCGUUUAUUUGCUUUUGGUUGGUGCUGCUUGAAUAGACAUGCAGUGGUUUGGAUUUUUAACUUCUGGUUUUGUGUCAGUGAGGAUUUUGUUGGAAAGUGUUGAAAAUGGGAAAGUGGGAUGGUUGAAUAGACGAGUAUAUUUUUAUGAAGGUAAAUAAUGAGUGGAUUUUUGGUUUUGUUUUUUUUUCUGGAACGUGGUUUGCAAUGUUGAAGCGAGAGAGAGAUAUUUUGGCUUUGGGGGUCCCGUCGGGACUCGCGAACAGCCUUAAACCAAACAUUUAAGUGCUGGAAGGUUUGAAGCAGGAAUGUGCGUAAAAUCCAUCCUUGGGGUGAAAAUGUUCCGCUGUUUUCCUCAAGUCUAUACCACUAGGAUUGUUUAUUAUUGUUGUUUGGGGGUGUUUUUUUUUCCCUCCUCUCUGUUGGCGUGCUUUGUUGUUUUCUUCUAGUUUGUUUGCACUCUUUGAUUUCUCCGAAAAAAUUGGAAAAGAUCAACCAGAGCACACGGGACUUCCUCUGUUGCCGCUUCACUCUGGUUACCUUUGAUAAAUGGCAGCAGACAGGAGGAAGAUUUAAAGCACAGAGUAAGAGGAAGCAUCCUUUACUCACCUCGAGCCUGGCUCGUUUGAAGCGCUGGCACCCAGUUGGUCAGAGCUUUCAUGGGACAUAAUCGAAGCAGCGAUUUUAUACCAGAGCUGGUGGAAAAGUUUGCAUCCUGCACCAGAGUGAAGUAGCAAGCUCGCACGUUCAGGGAGGGCAGCUCCAGCUUUGGUUGGAAGGUCUGCCUACUGUAGCAACCACUUUGGCAGAUAACCAACCAAGUGUGUUUUUUAAUUUGAAUGUAACUGUCUGAAAAAUGACUUAAAAGACUUCCCUCCCUGCUCCUCGGUCAUGUGCUCGGGUUCAUCUUUUGAAGUCGUCACCUAAGAUGCAAAAACACCCUGAAAAAAAUAAAAUAAAAACCACUGUACUAUACACAAUAUCUGUUUAGGUGGGACCUCUCAUGUCUCGCUGAAGUCUUCCUGCAACAAAAAGCAUUCUGGGUAAUCCCACUAAGAGAAAACAGGAGCCUGGUGAAGGGAAAGCUUCAUUUAAAGAGCCUGUACUCCUGGUCAGAGCUGCUUUUGAUUUGGACGCUACAGCUUGAGUUUAGUGAAAAAAGAAAAUAUUUUUUUAUUAUUUUGAAGGACUGAGAUGCACUUGGAUGGGUCUAUUAUUUUUUUCUUUUUUGUUUUCCUCAUUGGUGGAAAUGGUAAAACAGAUGUAAAUGCACCAUAUCCACUUAUUUAUAAAGCAGUGCUGUUUAUUCCACAAGAAAUAUCAUUAAGUUUUCUUUUUGGGAGAAGGGAAAAAAAGAUGUAUUGAGCUCUCAAUAUAUAUAUAUAUAUAUACACACACACACAUAUAUAAAUGUGUGUGUGUUUAAAAAAAAUCCAUCCAGUGUUUGAGAAACUUGAAUUUUAUUUAAACUUGAAAAAUAACUUUGCCUUAACUUUUCUACAAGACAAGCAUAGAGUUUUUCUUUUCAGAAAAGAUCCCCGAAAUGUUAACGAAGCGUGAGAUGUGGAAAUAUUUAGUCACACCAGACGUCACAAGUCUUACUGCGAGAGAGAGAGAGAGUACAAAUCUAGCAGCGUUUUCUUUCUUUUCCUACUUUUUGUUUUGUGUAAAAUGUAUGAAAAUCUUGGGUCGUUCUUUUGGUUUCUUGUUCAAUAGUUUCAGGUUUUUUGGUUUUUUUGUG